AUGUUAUCAACGAAUUCGUUCCACACAAAUGUACCUCCGGCCACUUAUGGCGGUGGUGUUAUAUCUGGUGGUGAAUCCUCGCAAGAUACGUCUGCAUUCUUGAACUGCAAUUUUAGGGUUCUGUCUCAGACCGUUUCCAUAACAGACAUUGAUUUUCAACAGCAAUCAUUUUCGGUAUUCACCGAGUUAUCGCUUGUGCCAAUACACCCUGAGCUGAGACAGAUAUGCUUGAAUCUUGGCGCUGAUGCAUUACUUCCUAACGAACUGCCGAAAGAUGAGAAGAAUUUGGGACGUGUUACGGUGAAUGAUGAAGAUGCCGAAUAUACGAGGCGUGAUCCUCUUGAGUUUUUGGUGCAGUGUCCAGAUCAAAGUUUGAAACGUUUAUCACAGCAAAUGUACGAUGUGCUCGAGGACUCUGAAGGUGAACUUCUCAUAAAUGUACCGGAAAGUUGUUACGAUAGUAUGGAUGAACAGAUGGUUGUUAAAGUUGGUGUUGAUGUGAAAGUGGUUAAACCAAGACAGGGUAUUCAAUUUGUUGGUUAUUUUUCAAGAGAUGGUGUUCUGGAGAAAGGUGCGCAUAUGUAUACUUUUCGGUCGAAUGUGCUCUCAAGUACGCGUCAGUGGUUACCAAGUUUAGAUGCGCCAGAUCAGUUGUGUCUUUGGAGAUUAGAAGUGACCGUUGCUUGUGGAUUUGUUGUGAUCGCCAGCGGUGAACUCAUUGAUACUGUGUAUACUGAAGAUAUGCAGUCAAAAGUUUAUCAUUAUCAGUUGUUGUUGCCAACGUCUGCGGUUAAUAUUGGUUUUGCUGUUGGGCAUUUCACACCGGUUGUUCAGCCGGAUAUGCCAGAGAUUACCAGUUUUGCACUACCGUCACUAUCGAAUCUCGUCAAACAUACUGCGUCAACGGUUGAUCGUGUCUUCGAAUUUUUUGAGGAAUUGCUCUCGUGUCGUUUCCCAUAUUCAUCUUAUAAACAAGUCUUUGUUGAUAAAGCAUCCGAUUCGCUGACAACAUUCUCGGGCAUAUCGAUUUUGUCAGUGAAUAUUUUGUACCACAAAAAGAUCCUGGAUACAGUUCAGGAAACUCGAUCACUUCUAGCACUGGCGAUAGCACAGCAAUUUUUUGGUUGCUUUGUCAACGCUGCAAAUUGGUUAGAUACGUGGUUGAUGAAAUCGCUUGCAAGUUUCAUAACGGGUCUGUUCAUCGAACGCUAUUUUGGAAUGUCUGAAUAUUUGUUCCAAAUAAAAAAGAUACUGAAUGCUGUAUGUGAAUAUGAAAGUCACUGGGGUCAAAUUGUGUUGAGACCAAUGAAAAGCGAUUGUAAAGUCAAGUUGCACACGCAGAACAGCUCAUUUCAGCAAGAACUGCAUUUUGAUGCUCGUAACUCAUUCACGUGUUCACCGUUAUAUUCGGAUAUGCUCUUCAAGAAGGGACAUUUUAUAAUUCGAAUGUUGAAGAAAAGACUUGGGAAGGAGCCAUUUUUUCAAGUAGUGCAGAAGAUUCUGAGUGUAUCGAUGCAGUUCAGUCAGAAACAGAAGGAACCAAUCAAUUGGCAGCAUAUGACUGUAUCAACGGAAUCCUUCUUUCGUACGGUAUCAAACGUUACCGGGCAAGAACUGCCCACUUUUCUUGAACAAUGGAUAUAUGGUGGAGGUCAUGCGAAUUUUCAGGUUCAGUACGCAUUCAAUCGAAAAAGAAAUAUGAUCGAAUUGGAAAUAAGACAAGAUCCUACUGUCAACACUGGUCGUCAGAGUUACGUUGGCCCAGUGACAGUGGUUGUACAAGAAUUGGACGGUUCAUUCACGCAUACCAUUCAGAUCGACAGUGAUCAGUCAAAGCAUGAUCUACAGUGUCAUUCUAAGGCUAGCGUUUUGGCUGUUCACCUUUCAUUACUCUUCUUUGGUCGUCGACAGAAAAAGAAGAAAAUUCCUCUGUCGUCAGGAGAGGAACUAGAGAUCGAUUUGACAAAUAUGGAUCCUGAUUCGCCGGUACUUUGGAUCAGGAUCGAUCCGGAUCUUCUGUUGGUACGUAAAAUAAAUAUUCGUCAACCAGUCUAUCAGUGGCAAUAUAUGCUGAAAUAUGAACGAAAUAUACUCGCACAGCUGCAUGCACUCGACAUUCUUCAGCGUUUCCCUAGUCCACAAGUACGAACGUUCCUUUUGGAGACUGUUGAAAAUGAAAAUUUCUUUUACAGAGUACGAUGUCGAGCGGCAUUCUCACUUACUGAAGUUGUGAAUAAAUUGCCUGAAACAUGGCUUGGGCCUCCAGCAUUAUUGUCACUUUUCAAGAAAUUGUUCGGAUGUAAAUCAGCAUCUCAUAUACCAAAACCGAACAGCUUUGUCGUCACAUCAACUAAUCUUCAACUGUAUUUUCUUAUGAAUGCUUUACCUCAAGCGUUGGCUCGUCUGAGAACACCUUCAAAUGCGUCGCUCUCAGAAAUCCAUCGUUUCAUUAUCGGACUCAUCAAGUACAACGACAAUUCUACGAACAGAUAUGCGGAUGACCAUUAUCGUGCAUCACUCAUAAAUGCACUGGCAGCUACGAUAGUACCGGCGGAUAAUCUCGAUGAUAACAUGACACCAGAUACACUGAAUUCAGAUAUGAGGGAGAAGUUAGGUGAAUUCACACACGCGCUUGAUAUGGACACUUUGAAGCCGACGUUCGGACAUGUCGUUGGUAUUAGUGCUUUACAGGCGAUUUAUCAAUUGCAAUGCUACGCGCAUAUACCGCUCGAUCCGAAAAUAUUUUGGUUAUUUGCUCAACCAAAAAUCUAUACUCCGAUGCGUAAAGCGGCAAUAAUGUAUUUGAUCGAUAUGGUUCAUCGAUCGAAGCUAUCGUUGGUGGUUGAGGAUGUGCUGAAUCGCUUGAUCGACAUGAGUGUUGACGAUGAUGAGCCAUCGAUACGUUAUCACAUACCACGACAACUUUGCAUACGACCACCUUUCUUUGCUCCACUCAGCUCAGAAAGUGCUCCUUCAAAUCCGGUUAACAGCAAAGAGCUGGCCACUAAAUUGUGGAACAUAAUUGUCAAUGCAAAAACAGAAUCUCGUCUUCGAGGACAUUUUGUCGAUUUGUGGUAUGUACUGUAUGGCAGUAACGUUCCGAAUAUACUUCUAUCCACAUUACCUCAAAUCGAAUCGGCAGUCGAAAAAAAUGAUAACAGCAAUAGUCGUAUGAAUUUGAUGAACAAUAAUAAAAGCAACGAAGAUAAACCAGUGGAUGUAUUCUCGGAAAUGAUGUGGCAUAAUACUAUGAUGGAUUUAACUGAGCCUGACUCACCAAUCAAUCGAGUUGCAAACGAGAUGAAUGAUGAUAUGUUACAAUAA